CUGUCAAAGUGACAUUGACAGAUAAGGUUUACUCAAGCUUAAAAAUAGAAAUCGUAUCCGCCCGCCAAUAUACUUAAAAAAAUCCGACUUUCUUCAAAAAUAGAAGUUACCUGCUAGGUAUAUUCACCACCCACCAUGUCUCUACAAGAGCAAUUUGACAAAGCUGCAGAGGAUGUUAAGAAGCUAAAGACAUCUCCCGCUGAUGCUGACCUUCUGGAGAUCUAUGGGUGGUUCAAGCAGGCUACCGUUGGGGAUGCUGAUCCUACCAACAAACCUGGGUUCCUAGACUUCAAAGGUAAAGCUAAGUUCGAGGCGUGGUCAAAGAACAAGGGCAAGUCCAAGGAAGAGGCCCAGAAGGCCUACAUCGCGAAGGUCGAGGGCCUCAUCGCCUCCAUCGGUCUCCAAUGAGCAAAAGAAAGGAGGCGAGGCAAUUAUGGCGUCGGUUUUGUGCGUUUUGAACUUUAUAUUAAUGGAAAAUUCUAGAACCAUCUCAGUCUUAUGAAUCUGUCUUAAUGGCCACUUAAAAUAUUGGUACACUUUUUACAAUGUACCUAGUAGGCUUAUGGUUACAAACACACAUUUGUUUCAAUGUGUGUAAUACUGCACACAGAUUAGGACAGAGCUGGAAAGUACUUAGUUUGUUUUUCUUUUAAUAUGAAGGUCAAAUAUAAUCAUGUACUCAUCCUGUGUACAACUGACGUUUUCAUGCGAGACUGAACGUAAAAGUAAUAAUUUAUUACUGCAUUUAAGCCGUAAAACCUCUUCCGUUGCUCUUCCGCCCUUAUAAAUACUAUUUAUAAUUUCGGUUUAGGCACAAUUAGUUUAUGAUGUUGAACAUCACAAUAUUAAGCAUCACAAUGCUGUGUUUAUGGUCUUCUCUCUGGUGCAAUGAUUUCAGAUUUGUUAUAAACUUUUAUAUUGCUUAUGAAAUAAAAUCAGUUUGAAACUGUA